AUGAAUUUAUAUUUGAGAGCCAUCGACAGCUUGGACGAACACGGUAUGAAAAUUAUUGAAAUAUUGGUCAAUUGCUCGUUAGUUCAGCCGCCAGUCUCGCAAAACCGUGAAUAUCGUACCUCUCAAACCAGGCAUAUUUCUGUGCCUUUCACUGUCGUCAUUCUGGGGCAGAGAGAUAUGCGUCGGCUGGCUGUGGAGCAGGAGGAUCUCUUAGGCUACUUUCCAUUGACUUCUAUGUCCAACGUGACGAACAAGAGUAUCAGCAGCUGCCGUAGCAGUAGCAGAAGUAGCAGUGGCAGUAGUAGAAGUAGCAGUGGCAGUAUCAGAAGUAGCAGUGGCAGUAUCAGAAGUAGCAGUGGCAGUAUCAGAAGUAGCAGUGGCAGUAUCAGAAGUAGCAGUGGCAGUAUCAGAAGUAGCAGUGGCAGUAUCAGAAGUAGCAGUGGCAGUAGUAGAAGUAGCAGUGGCAGUAUCAGAAGUAGCAGUGGCAGUAUCAGAAGUAGCAGUGACAGUAGCAGAAGUAGCAGUAGAAGGAGUAGCAGUGGCAGUAGCAGAACUAGCAGUAGCAGUAGCAUAAUAGCAGAAGUAGCAGUGACAGUAGUAGAAGUAGCAGUGGCAGUAACAGAAGUAGCAGUGGCAGUAGCAGAAGUAGCAGUGACAGUAGUAGAAGUAGCAGUGGCAGUAACAGAAGUAGCAGUAGCAGAAGUAACGGUGACAGUAGCAGAAGUAAUGGUAGCAGUAGCAGACGUAACGGUGGCAGUAGCAGACGUAACGGUGGCAGUAGCAGAAGUAACGGUAGCAGUAGCAGACGUAACGGUAGCAGUAGCAGAAGUAGCGGUGGCAGUAGCAGAAGUAACGGUAGCAGUAGCAGACGUAACGGUAGCAGUAGCAGAAGUAACGGUGGCAGUAGCAGACGUAACGGUGGCAGUAGCAGAAGUAACGGUGGCAGUAGCAGACGUAACGGUGGCAGUAGCAGAAGUAACGGUAGCAGUAGCAGAAGUAGCAGUGGCAGUAGCUGAAGUAACGGUAGCAGUAGCAGAAGUAGCUGUGGCAGUAGCAGACGUAAGGGUGGCAGUAGCAGAAGUGGCAGUGGCAGUAGCAGAAGUAACGGUAGAAGUAGCAGUAGCAGACGUAACGGUGGCAGUAGCAGAAGUAACGGUAGCAGUAGCAGAAGUAACGGUAGAAGUAGCAGAAGUAACGGUAGCAGUAGCAGAAGUAACGGCGGCAGUAGCAGAAGUAACGGUAGCAGUAGCAGACGUAACGGUGGCAGUAGCAGACGUAACGGUGGCAGUAGCAGACGUAACGGUGGCAGUAACAGAAGUAACGGUGGCAGUAGCAGACGUAACGGUGGCAGUAGCAGAAGUAACGGUAGCAGAAGUGGCAGUGGCAGUAGCAGAAGUAGCAGUGGCAGUAGCAGAAGUAACGGUAGCAGUAGCAGAAGUAACGGUAGCAGUAGCAGACGUAACGGUAGCAGUAGCAGACGUAACGGUGGCAGUAGCAGAAGUAACGGUGGCAGUAGCAGAAGUAGCAGUGGCAGUAGCUGAAGUAACGGGGGCAGUAGCAGAAGUAGCAGUGGCAAUAGCAGAAGUAACGGUAGCAGUAGCAGAAGUAACGGUAGCAGUAGCAGAAGUAACGGUGGCAGUAGCAGAAGUAACGGUAGCAGUAGCAGAAGUAACGGUGGCAGUAGCAGAAGUGGCAGUGGCAGUAGCAGAAGUAACGGUAGCAGUAGCAGAAGUAACGGUAGCAGUAGCAGAAGUAACGGUAGCAGUAGCAGACGUAACGGUAGCAGUAGCAGACGUAACGGUGGCAGUAGCAGAAGUAACGGUAGAAGUAGCAGAAGUAACGGUGGCAGUAGCAGAAGUGGCAGUGGCAGUAGCAGAAGUAACGGUAGAAGUAGCAGUAGCAGACGUAACGGUGGCAGUAGCAGAAGUAACGGUAGCAGUAGCAGAAGUAGCAGUGGCAGUAGCUGAAGUAACGGGGGCAGUAGCAGAAGUAGCAGUGGCAGUAGCAGUGACAGUAGCAGAAGUAACGGUGGCAGUAGCAGAAGUGGCAGUGGCAGUAGCAGAAGUAACGGUAGAAGUAGCAGUAGCAGACGUAACGGUGGCAGUAGCAGAAGUAACGGUAGCAGUAGCAGAAGUAGCAGUGGCAGUAGCUGAAGUAACGGUAGCAGUAGCAGAAGUAGCAGUGGCAGUAGCUGAAGUAACGGGGGCAGUAGCAGAAGUAGCAGUGGCAGUAGCUGACGUAACGGUGGCAGUAGCAGAAGUAACGGUAGCAGUAGCAGAAGUAGCAGUGGCAGUAGCUGAAGUAACGGUGGCAGUAGCAGAAGCAGCAGUGGCAGUAGCAGAAAGCAGUAGCAGAAGUAGCAGUGGCAGUAGCAGAAAUAGCCGUGGCAGUAGCAAAAGUUGCAAUAGAAGAAACAGCAGAAGAGGCAAUGUCGCUGCAAUGUGA